AUGAAGUCAUUCUCCGUUCUCCUUUUCACGGCCAGCCUGGUCUCGGCCGCUGCCGUUCCUGGCGCCGUCGUCGACCGCUCUACUGAGGUCGGCCAUGUUUCUACUGCUGUCGAGGUCCGCGACGCCACUGUUGCCGCCUCCAACCUCUUCGUUGACGACGCAGAGGAUGAUAAGGAAGAUGAGGAAGGCUUCCCUCUUGCUUCCAUCACUGCUCGCGCUGACGAGGCUCAGCCGGCCCAGAACGGUACUGCUCCUGAGGACGGCAAGCAGAAUGAGGGCAAGGACGGCAAGAACGAGAACCAGAACAAGGACCAGAACAAGGACCAGGGCGAGGACCGCAACCAGAACCAAGGCAAGGAUGGAAAGGGCCGUGAGCAGAACAAUGGCCAGAACAACAACAACAAUAACAACAACAACAACCAAGACAAGAACAACAACGAUCGCAACCAGAACCAGAACCAGAACCAAAACCAAAACCAAAACCAGAACCAGAACCAGAACAACCAGGAUCUUAUCAACCAGCUGCUGCAGAACGGUAACCUGAACCAGGGUGUCCUCAACCCCUGGCUCAUCAGCAACAUUGGUCAGCUUGGUGUCGGUCAGAAUAUCAACAUUGGCAACCUCAACAGCAUCUCCCUCGCCCAGCAGCUCGCUCUUGUCUCUCAGGUCGAGCAGCUCCAGAUUCUGCAGCAGCUUCAGCUCAUCAACCAGCCCCAGAUCAUCACUGUUCUGAACCAGGGCUUUGUCCAGCAAGGCGCCACCAUUGCUAUUGUCGCUUAA